GGAGGACAAAGCGUGUUCACAAACAGCUCGUGUGUGGAAAUUGUUUGGUCGAAUUCGCCUAAACCAAUAAUACCCCGAGACACCCUGAACACUUGGGAGACAAAACCAUAUUUCACGGGAGGAAUCUGUUGAAUAACCGCCGCCAUGUUUCUGCAGUUUUACCUCAACGAGAACGGCGAGAGAGUUUAUACACUGAAAAAGGUGGAUCUUCAGGGCCGGCCCACCAGCUCUGCCCACCCGGCUCGUUUCUCUCCUGACGACAAGUUCUCCAGACACCGAGUGACUGUGAAGAAACGCUUCGGAUUACUGAUCACCCAACAGCCCCGACCUGUCCUGUGAAACCCAAAGAACAUUCGCGGACAUUCAUUAAGUGUGUGUGUGUGUGGUGCACGUGAAGUUGGCAUUGAUCAAUUGUUCUUGCUGUACUCCGAUAGCAACAUUACAAAUAUAAACUGGUUCUGUUAAACUUUACUUUUUUUUAACGAAAUGCUUCACUCUGAAUAAAAAGGUCGAUUUGUA